AGAAAAAACUAUACGAGGAACAUAAACCACAAUGGGACGGAAAACUUAAGAUAAAGAGAAUAAAUAAUACAGAUGCAUAAACAGAGAUCAGACUCAUCUAGACCCAGCUGUGUGUCUAUGAAGAGUGAUGAAUCAAUGGAUGAACCACUUAAAUUCAGUUCAGAAGACUCUUCUGCUAGACAGAGCAUGCAUAAACCGGGAUCCAGCUGUGUGUCAAUGAAGAGUGAUGAAUCAAUGGAUGAACCACUUAAAUUCUGCACAGGAGACUCUUCUGCUAGACUGAGGACAAAACUGGAAGGACCAAAGUCAUCAUCUGUUGAGAUGAAACAGCUGGAUUCUAUUUUUAAGGAGCUUGAACACAAAAUGAUUUCAUUGAUAAAGAAUGAACUGAAGAGGUUCAAAACACUACUGAGCCCAGGUUACCCAGAAUGCUCCAAGAGAGAGGAGGAGGAGGGUCAAAGCAAAGUAAAGGAGGGAGUUCUGAAGAUCACACUGCACAUUCUAAGGGAGAUGAACCAGAAAGACCUCGCUAACACACUGAUGACCAAUCUGAUUUCUCUGUACCAACAAAAACUAAAAUCCAGACUAAAGGAGAAAUUUAAGAGUGUUAAUGAAGGAAUAUCACUUCAAGGAAGCUCAGCACUUGUGAAUGAGAUCUACACAGAGCUCUACAUCACAGAGGGAGGGAAUGCAGGGGUCAAUAAUGAGCAUGAAGUGAGACAGAUUGAGAUGACAUCCUGGAGACCAGACACACGGGACACGGCAAUCAAAUGCAAUGACAUAUUUAAACUCUUACCUGGACAAAACAAACCCAUCCGAACUGUGCUGACUAAAGGAAUUGCUGGAAUUGGAAAAACAGUCUCCGUGCAGAAGUUCAUUCUGGACUGGGCUGAAGGAAAAGUAAAUCAGGAUCUUCACUUUAUAUUUUCAUUUCCUUUUAGAGAGCUGAACUUAAUGAAGGAGAUAAAUCUCAGUUUAAUUGAGCUUCUUGGUCAUUAUGUCACAGAAAUAAAAGAGAUCAACGUGGGAGACUUUACAGACUACAGAAUCAUGUUUAUAUUUGAUGGUCUGGAUGAGUGUCGACUACAUCUAAAUUUUCAAAACCAUCAAAGCUUUUCUGAUGUAAAUGAAUCAGCCUCAGUGGAUGUGCUGCUGACCAACCUCAUCAAGGGGAAUCUGCUUCCAUCCGCUCUCAUCUGGAUCACCUCCAGACCAGCAGCAGCCAAUCAGAUUCCUCUUGAGUGCAUUGACCAGGUCACAGAGGUACAAGGCUUCAAUGACCCUCAGAAGGACGAGUAUUUCAGGAAGAGGAUAAGCGAUCAAAGUCUGGCCAAUAGAAUCAUCACACACAUCAAAUUAUCAAGAAGUCUGUACAUCAUGUGUCACAUCCCAGUCUUCUGCUGGAUAUCAGCCACUGUUCUCCAGAGAAUGUUGAGUGAAGAACAGAGUGAAGCUAAGAUUCCCAAGACUCUUACUCAAAUGUUCACACACUUCCUGAUCUUUCAGAUCAAACUGAAGAGACAGAAAUAUGAUGGGGAAAAUGAAGAUGAUCUUUAUCAGGCUAGAAAGAGUAUUCUGUCACUGGGAAAACUGGCUUUUCAACAGUUGGAGAAAGGAAACUUGAUCUUCUAUGAGGAGGACCUCAGAGAGUCUGGCAUUGAUGUAAAAGAGGCAUCACUGCACUCUGGAGUUUGUACCCAGAUCUUCAGAGAGGAGUUUGGAUUUUACCUGGGGAAGGUGUUCAGCUUUGUUCAUCUGAGUGUCCAGGAAUUUAUUGCAGCUUUAUACAAAUUCUUUUACAUUUUUGAGGAUGAAGGACAAAAAUCAGAAGAUUCUUUUACAGAAUCUCUAAAGAUUGAAGUGGACAAGGCCUUGCAGAGUAAGAAUGGACACUGGGACCUUUUCCUUCGCUUUCUUCUGGGUCUCUCACUGGAGUCCAACCAGAUUCUCAUUCAAGGUCUCCUGAAAAACACAGGAGGCAGAUCUUACAAAAUAAAGAAAGUAGUCAAGUACAUUAAAGACAAGAUCAAGAAGAAUCUGUCUACAGAGAAAUCUAUCAAUCUUUUCUACUGUCUGAAUGAACUGAAUGAUAAUUCUCUAGUGAAGGACGUCCAGUCAUUACUGAGCAGCACAGCAGAUUUCAGUGGGCUUUCUGGAAUCAAACUCUCUUCCUCUCAGUGGUCGGCUCUGGUGUUUGUGUUGCUGAACUCAGAACAGGAGCUAGAUGAAUUUCAACUGAGAAAAUAUGAGCCAUCAGAAGAAUGUCUUCUGAGACUGAUGCCAGUCGUCAAAUCAUCUAGAAAAGUAGACCUCAGUGGCUGUAAUCUCACAGAGAAAAGCUGUCCAGCACUGAUCUCAGUUCUCAGCUCAAACUUAUCAUUUCUGAGAGAACUGAACCUGAGUAACAAUAAGCUGCAGGAUUCAGGAGCGAAGCUGAUCUCUGCUGGAAUGAAGAAUCCACACUGUACUUUGGAGACUUUACAGUUGGAAACAUGCUGGAUUCGAGAUGAAGGUUGUGCUGCUCUAGCUUCAUCUUUGAGAUCAAACCCCUCACACCUGAGAGAACUCAAUCUGAACUAUAAUUAUCCAGGAGAUUCGGGUGUAAAGAUGCUCUCAGAACUACUGAAGGAUCCACAAUGUAAACUGAGGAAACUAGAGCUGUAUCAGUGCAGUAUUAGAGAGAAUGGUUGUGCCGUUUUGGCUUUAGCUUUGAAGUCAAACCCAUCACACCUGAGAGAACUCAAUCUGAGUCGUAAUGAACCAGGGGAAUCAGGAGUCAAACAGCUCUCUGAUCUACUGAAGGAACCACACUGUAGACUACAGAAACUACAGUUGGCGCACUGCACUAUUUCAGAUAAAGGUUUUGCUGAUCUGACUUCAGCUCUAAGAUCAAACCCCUCACACAUGAGAGAACUGAAUCUCAGUGAUAAUGAAUCAGGAGAUUUAGGACUGAAGUUGCUCUGUGAUCUUCUGCAGGAUCCAAACAGUAAACUGGACAAACUACAGAUGGAAAACAGUGGUUUGAGUGAAGACAUUUCUACUGUUUUGGCUUUAGCUUUGACAUCAAACCUCACAAACCUAAGGGAAUUGAAUCUGAGCAGAAAUAAACCAGGAGAAAAAGGAAUGAAGCAGCUCUCUAAUCUACUGAAGGACCCACAAUGUAAACUGGAAAAACUGCAACUAGCAAAGUGCAAUAUUACAUUUAAACAAUUUGCUGUACUGGCCACAGCACUGAUAUCAAACCCCUCACACCUGAGAGAACUCAAUCUGAACUAUAAUCAACUAGAAGAUUCAGGAGUGAAGCUGCUCUCUGAUCUACUGAAGGAUCCACUCUGUAAACUGAGGAAACUAGAGCUGGAAAACUGCACUAUUUCAGAUAAAGGUUGUGCUGCUCUGGCUUCAGCUCUACAAUUAAAUCCCUCACACCUGAGAGAACUCAAUCUAAACUUUAAUGCACUAGGUCCAAGAGCUUCAGGAUUGAAGUUGCUUUCUGGGCUACUAAAGGAUUCACACUGUAAAUUAGAAAAACUAGAAAUGUCUGACUGCAGUAUUUCAGAUAAAGGUUGUGCUGCCCUGGCUUCAGCUCUAAAGUUAAACCCCUCACACCUGAGAGAACUCAAUCUGAAAUAUAAUAAUCCAGGUGAUUCAGGAGUGAAGCUGCUCUCUGAUCUACUGAAGGAUCCACAAUGUAGACUAGAGAAAGUAUAUAUUGGACCUCACCUGCUACAGUCACCUACAUAUUUAACUGGUAAAUCAAAGUGUGUUUAGUCAUGAGCACCAAAAGCUAUUUACUGCCUCAUACUGAACAAACAAGCCCUGAACCAGUGGUGCUUAUCAUGAUGGGUUUUUUUGUAUUUUUCUGUUAAUUUGCUAAAUGUUUCAUAGUCUCUUAAUUAUGUACCAUUUAAAUAGAUUUACUUUCUAUAAAGUAUGUAAUACAAGCCUUUGAAUGAAAUUGCAUGUAUGUCGGGGUCCCCUCCUUUUUAUUUCAGGGUUAAAUUUACUUGCUAUAAAUUCUCUCAUCUUUCUACAUAGAACCUGAUUAUAAUCUUUAAUUUUUUUACUUUCAGUACUAAUAUACAUACGAUUAAAACAUGCACAGUUACUAGUACUUUGAAUACAAAUGUCCUAUUAUAAAUUUAGGAAACUAAGUUAAAGUGACAGUU